AUGAGAGACGGGUGCCUCACUAGCCUGACCGAGCAGUCGCCGAGCAGGAUCGCCAGGUUUUUGGAGAGGGACCUUCAGGAGGCCCAUUUGGUUCGUUCGGUGAACCAGCUUUUGGCAGGCAAGGCUUCGGAGGGGCGAAGGUUGUUCGCGACAAAGUGGAUCUGGGCUAAGGGGGGUGUUAAGAUCCACCACAGCUCUAAGAUGCCCGAUGACCUGAAUCAGCUGUUCCGCCUCGUCUUCACUGACGCCUGCCCUACAGCUGCUAGGCUACAUUCUUGGGGCUACAGGAUGGAGCCCCUCUGCCAGUACUGCCGCCAGCGCGGCACAGUUUGGCAUCGAGUUCGGUGCUGCCCGCAUUUUGCAGAUCAGCGUGCUGAGAUGCUAGAGCCUGAGGGGAUCGAGGCUGCGCUCGAGGCCGGCCCCGAGUCACUUUUCUACAAUAAGUUCUGGUGGGCUGCACGGCCCAUCGCCAAGGCUGUGCCAUUCAAAGAAGAAUGCCCGCAGUACAUGGACGACGAGUGCAACAACUGUGCCCUAUUCGUGUUUCCGGGGUGCAACAGGCACAUCAGACCUAUCCCUGUCCGACACGCCGUGAGCAAGGUCAAGGCACACCGCUCAGAGGAUGCUGCCGAGAGCGAGGCCGCGCGGGCGGAGCCCGCCGCGGAGUCGGCCGGCAGCGAGGCGCACGGGCUCCCCGAGCGCCAGGUCGACGAGGCGGACACGAUGAUGCGGCAGACGAUGGGCCAGCUCCUGAAGGAGAUGCAGCAGGACCUCGGCGACAUGCUGGGUCCCGGCGAGGCCAGCUGCGAGGCCACCACGGCCGAGGCCGACCCCCGCGGCCAGCCGCGGAGCGGCUCGGUCGAGCCCGGCGGGCCGCACGGCGCGGCCGCGGAGGCCGAGCUGGCGCAGGAGGGCACGCCGAUGGGCAAGCUCCUGCAGGAAAUGCAGCACAGCUUCGGCGACGACGCCCCGGUCCCGGGCCUCGGCGCCAGGGCCUUGCGGCCAGUGCCGCCGGCGUUCGCCGACGCCGCCGCGGACGAGCCCCAGGGAGCGCCAGCGGCACAG